AUGGCGUCCAAUCAGCAGUAUUGGGUGCUACAACCGAUCGACGACGCGGACACGUCCGAGUUCAGCCUGCUCGAUCUGGAACCGAAAACCGAACUAGAUCUAAUGGUGUUUGGCAUUCCCGGAAGCGACAGUAGUGUAGGUAGCGGUGGCGGGCCGAUUGCCCGAUCGGCGGAAGGUGUGGCCACAAACAGUGGCGACGGUGGUGGGACCAGUAACGUUCUCGGUGGUGCGAAUUCGCUCGAUUCGAUGAGUUACAGUGUUAGCAGUAGCAAUCCAAAUUUGAGCCUCCUAUCGUCCACCCUAAGCACAAGCCUGUACGACACACAGCUGCUGUCCGAUCAGAAACCCCAGAUCCGGCACGAUUGUAUGUGGGCCGGUAUGUGUGCGGAUCAGUCACAUCCGGAGAAGCAUAGUGGAGGGUGUGGUGGAUGCGCUCAGCGGAAGCAGCAACAACAACAACAUUUGCUCCAACACCAACAGCAAUCGUCGGUAGGAAGCACGAUCGGCAAUCUCGCGCUGUUACCUUCCAAGGACAUUCACAAGCUAGCACCGAGCGGCGAGCAGCCCACAGAAACGGCUCUUACGGCGAAGAGUGGACCGCCUGCCAGCAGCAGUAGUAGUGUGCUGGUAAACCGCACCACUGCCGCCAGCAAUGAAUUCUCGGCUUUCUCACGGAAGUACGCGUGCAGCCGAGCGAGCCUGCUGGCAGCACCGUUCAAAGCGACGCAAGGUGCGGCCCGGAUACCGGCCGGCAGCUCUCUCCUCAUCAAACGUCAGCAGCAGCAGCAGCUUUCCUCCGGGAUGACCGCCCAAAACUGCCGACAGUUGCCAACGUCACCACCGACCUCGUCGUCAUCGGAGAGUGGUGUCAGUUCGGGCGAGGGUGGCAGUGAAGCGAACGAACAGAGCUUGCGGAUGGUGCGGGUGCCCCAUCUGCCACGUGGUUCGUUCCUGGCGUCCCGCGAGCAGGAAGCGCGCAGUAUAGCGGCCCAAAAUCAUGCCCGGCCCGAUACGCCCCUCAGUCUGGACGAUGAUCCGCUCGAGUUCAAGCAUAACCUCGAUCUGGUGGCGACCUGCACGAUCGGUUCGAACCAGCAGAGCCUGCUACAUGCAGCGUCCUCGCUGCCAUCGGCUUCGUGCAGCAGCUCGUCGUCUUCCAACACCACCACCACCAGCAGCAGCACUGCCACUUCCUACCCGAGCGCGACCAGCGUCAGCUCGGUUUCGCAAACGCCGGGCGUAGAAUCUCUCACAUUUUACGGACGGUUGGGUGGUAGCUGUAGCUGUGGCGGUAUCAACAAUAGCAAUAGCAUCAGUAGUAUAGGACAUACGGCCCAGUGCUACUUCAACUACCUGCAGGACACGAGCAUUGACGAUGACAUGCGGAUCAAGCAACUGCGUGAGCAGCUACUAAUGCUCGACGAUCCGUGCGUUGUACCACCGAACCACCACCAUCAUUACCAUCAUCACCAUAACCACCAUCCGCAUCUUGGCCAUCACCAUGCAUAUCAGUUCCGGCCCGACUCACCGAACGUGGAUAGUCAGCUCGAGCAGCUGCUGAACGAUUUGCGCGAAAUAGAUGAGGGUAGUAGCUGCCUGCUGGAUGAUCAGCAGCACACGACCGCACCGGCAAGCCAUAGCGUUGGUAUGAAGGACGGGCCGCCACUAGCACCAUCGUCAUCCGCGUCACUCCACCCGCAACCGCACCACCACCAGCAGCGCAGUUCACUGACGUUGGCACCGUGCGGCGGUGAGCUGAGUGGGGUUGCACAUGCCACCUGCAACAAGGAAUGCUACUACAACGGCAGCAGCAGUAGCAGCAGCCUGGAGCUGCCGCAUCAUCUGGCAUCGCCCAGCGGUGAACGGCGGCGGCGGCACCAAUUCGCCCACCGUCGGCGUAGUAUUACCGGCCGGGGUUGGAUGAGCGAUGACGAUGACGACGAAGAGGAGGAGGAGGAGGAUCUACUGAAACAGUUGGAGGAAGACGAUGACUUUUACGAAAAGCAUUUCGAGCAGAAUUCUGCCGAUGUGGUGGCGGCUUGCAACACCGUCAUAAAUGGCUACACCAACACCUCCUCCUGGGAGGACGAGGAGGAAGAGGAUGAUGAAGAGGAGGAGGAGGAGGAGGACGAAGAGGAAAGUGGAGAGGACGAGGAUAAGGACGAGCAGGAGGAGGAGGAGGAGGCCGAUGAGGAGGAGGAGGAGGAAAGCAUGUACGGUGAUGGUAGCAGUAGUCGGAGUCGAAGCAGAAUCCGAACCCCCCGGCAUCGCUACCACAAUCAAUACAGCCAUCAACGGCGUGUCGCCCGCUCCUACCGCCCGUACAAUGUGGAGGUGUACCGCAGCAAUGGCAAAAACCAGAAGAAACAGUCCACCGGCAGUAUGCUUACUAACGGUGGGGUUAACACGAUCAUUGCUGGCUCCGGUGCGUCACUCAAGUCGUCCAUGCUCGGCUCGAAACUCAGCAGUACGACGAGUGGCAACAGCAGCAGCCCCACUAAUGGCAGCAUCAGCAACUCGGCCGUUACAUCGGCCGCCCAGCAACCGUCGAACGGUGGCUCAGGCGCUAACACCUAUCAGGCAACGCACUUUGGUGAUCAUAGUUACACCCGACCAAAGGGUGGCUACAACAUGAACGAGCUUGGCGUACAGACACCAUCAGAUUCUGAUGAAGAAAUUGACGUCGUAUCUGUUGGCGAUAAAAACCUGCCGACCAAUCCGACCGAACGCGACAUGCGCCAUAUGCAGUCGGAGGUAGCGAACAAGAUACGCACGGCAUCGUCCCGCACUGCCGGCAAUGGUGCCCUUCCGUACGGUGCUGGCAGCUCGCACCAUCACCACCACUACCAGCGUCAGCAUCAUCUGGGCGAUGGGCAAAGGCUGCACCACCAUCUCGGCGGUAUCUAUCCGACGCCGGCCGGUUCGACGACGAUAUCCGGUGCGAACACACCGCUACCGACGAGAAGUGGGGGUGCGAGCGUUGCCUCGUCGCCACCGCCCGCCUGCAGCAUCCCGUCCACCACCACCGGUCUGCUGCACACCAGCUCCGGCACGUCGUCGUCUUCCGGCCCGUCCCGGAAGCGGCCCGUCGGUGGCAGCAGUAAACGUUCGUCGAACGCUAGCAAACGGAUGCGUCUCGGCCACUCGAAGCGUGGUGGUGGUGACGGCAGCAACGGUGGCCGGCACGAUACGGCUGCCGCCCAGGCGCUGGCGGACGAGCUCGACACGGUCGAGAAGCGGAACCUGCACAACAACCUCGAACGGCAGCGCCGGAUCGGGCUGAAGAAUCUGUUCGAGGAGCUGAAGCGUCAGAUACCGCAGCUGCGCGACAAGGACCGGGCGCCCAAGGUAAACAUACUGCGCGAGGCGGCAACCCUGUGCACCCGCCUCAGCCAGGAGGCGGAACAGGUGAAUGAGCUGCGUCAGCAGCAGAUGAAGCUGUACGAACGCGUGCGCUAUCUGCGCUCCACCGUACACAGCCAGCAGCGGCUCGGCGUAUAG